AUGGUACUCUUCGCUCGCGUGCUGAGUUCUACCGGGGAAUAUGCGCACGUCGAACUAAGAGACCAUUAUAUCGGGAUCCGUCACGUCGCUAAGCAAAUGGGUCUACCAAAUGAAGGCGAUUCACUACACAAAAGCCUCAUUUUCGCGACCUUGGAUGCAACGCCCGCUCUAGUAGGAGUGAACACUAAUGUGCAAGAAUCACCUUGGAAAGAGCAAUUAGUAUUGGGUGACUCUCCCUUUUGGGAAAAAGACAGUGAAGGGGAAGAAGAUGAAGAGGAGGCCGAAGUCGAGUGGGAGACAGAAGAUGAAACCAUUACGGAAUAUGACGACCCGGACAUAGUGGUGGACGCGUACCUAGCAGCGGACAGCAAACUCGAAGAUGUUGUUGCCCACCUGACGAGAAUCUGGUUGCCUGAAUUGCUCGAAAUUUGGACGAAUCCUCUAGAAACAAAAGACCAAACUAUCUCUCUCAUGAAAAGGAUAUCCAAGGCCGAAAGAAUAUUUGGGAAGUCCGUCAAAAAUGCAUGGAGAGCCUGCCUCUCUGCGGGCAUCAUUCUUAAGUUUCAGGAUCCGAAUUUCUUCCUCGGCCACAGGUAUUCUCUCGGAGAAUACACGGUAACCGGGAAUUUUUUAGCAAUGCUCCUACACCAGUCAUUUCUUGUACGGAUUCUUUACGAAUUCAAUCAAUUGCUCGGGGUUCGAGAUGAAGCGCUGUACGGCAGGUAUCGUGACUUGUGCGUGCGCAUCUGGGCAUGUGUUCCCGGCUUCUCCAAUUUGGACCCUGUCUCUGCCCUUGGCCUAUUCAAAUUCAUUUUGCCAUCUUUUGAACCUGCCACUGACGAGGAGCUUCGGCAUAUCCUGAACCUGAACAUAGAGCUGAGCGGGCAUGGGGUGACGGGUAACGCAGAUAUACAAAAGCUAAGGCCAAUUAUCAUCAUGGUAGGGAAGAAAUAUACCGGGCGUGAAGAUUUCAGGGCCCCACUGAAUGAUAAUAUGGCAUAA